AUGGUGAUAAUUGUUAGUCUUGGGAAGGAGGUGGCGAAGGACCUCGUACGGCGUGGCGCGGAUGUCAUCAUCGCAGGAAUAGACAAGAUCAAGGCUUUCGAGACGAGAGACGAGCUGGCAGGUAAAGAAGGGAGUUUGGAAACGGCGUAUCUGGACCUCUCCAAGAUGGCGUCCGUCAGGCAAUUCGCUAAAACUAUGGAGGGACGAAAAAUAGAUGUGCUUUUAAACAACGCUGGUGUUGCCGACUUGCCCCAAAGACUCACAAAGGAAGGUCUUGAGUUCACAGUCGCGACCAAUCACUUGGGACACUUCCUGCUGACACAUCUCCUUAUGCCCGGACUGAAGGAGGCCCGUGGGAAGGUGGUCACCGUGGCAUCCAUCUGUCACAAACGCGUCAGAGAUGUGGAUGACCUUGAUCUGACGGGCGACCUCAAGUUCAGCUACGAACGAGAGAUCGGCAUGUUGGAGAUAUACGCGGCAACCAAGGCCAUGAAUAUUUUGUUUUCUUCGGAACUCUCUCGGAAGUUGAGCGGCACAGGCGUAACUUCGAACUGUGUGAAUCCUGGGUCAUCGAAAACCGAUAUAUUUAAAAACCUGACGACCUGCCACUGGUACGGCCCCUUCAUCAGGCUAUACGUCAUGGCAUAUGCAAAGACAAUCAACGAAGGGGCUCAGACGUCAAUCUAUGCUGUCGUUUCCGAGGAAGUCGAUGGCGUUUCGGGAAAAUAUUUCGAGGACUGUAAAGAAAUGGAACCGUCAGAGUUAGUACAAGAUGCCGGUGUUGCCCGAAAACUUUGGGAAACAAGCGAGCGACUUGUUCAGCUGCAGCCACACGAAAGGACAAUUUAGAUUUAAAAAUGCAGUCUCUACCUUCGAGAAAGGAAUGUGAGUGAAACUAUGCAAGUAAAUAAGUAAAAGAA